AUGCACACCCACCACCCACUUCCUUCGCCUUCGUCCUCCCAUCCUCUCGGCCCCAUGCACACACGUCCACUUGGCCACAACAACUCCUUCGACUGCUCCCUCACCGCGUUGAUGGGGAGGUCCUCCCCCGGCCCUAGUCCUGCCCCUCCCUGCCCGGCCCUGCCUGUCCUGCGCACCUGCGCACACCCGGAAGCGGCUUCUCACGCUGUGUCUCUUCCCCUGCUCUCUCCUAGGAGGCGAGGGCACAACCACGCUCCCCGGUACCCUAUUGCCCGACGCCUUCUUCUCCGGGCACGCCCACUUGACGCUGCGCACGCAUCGCACGAGCGCACCCUGUCCUCUGCCUCCGGCUACGCGCACCACCAUGUGGCCGGUGCUGCCAAGAGCACCACCUCGCCCGCAAAGCAGCGCUAUAUCGCGGACAUGCACGGCCUCGAGAUUGUCAAGAAAAUCCGGCAGGGCGAGGUCGGGCUGCGCGAUUGCACCAUCGUCCUGUGCGACAUCAAAGCCAACGUCCAUCCAGCUCGCUUUGCGAAGCUGAGGGCCAUCAAGGACGCAAAGAAGCCAGGCAAAGCCCCCACCGCGAUCCCCGCUGUCUCAGGUUUAAAACGCCUCCGCAGCCAACAUCGUAGCGGCGCAGGGGAAAGAGGCAGUGCUGAGCAGGGGUCCGCAGCGAGGCUUGUCAUGUCAGCCGUGUAUUGGCAGGCAUAA